AUGAAACAAAAAUACUUAGUUAGAAAUGCAAGUAUUAUUCUUCAUUAUAAACACUGCAUUUCAUGGAACUAUAAAUAUUGCAUGUGCUAUGAGCGAAUUUGGGUCCGUUUCUCUGAAGCCACGUUGGGCAAUAAUGGAAUCAUAACCUCACUUUGUUACAGAGUCAUGGAGCCUAAUAAGUUUUAUGGAAAACGUAAGAAAGGUGAAGAAUAUGAAGUUAUAAUUAUUCCUGCAUAUGAAUCAGAAGAUUCUGUCUUAGAUUCAGAUUGUGAGGGUGAUAUCGAUAUAGUAGAAAAGCGUCAAGGUGACAUAAUUAUAGGCGAGAGUGAUAAUGAUAGUGCAGAGGACGGUGAUAAUGCUCUACUUGUGAAUAAUGAAAGUGAUAACGAGAAUGUUAGUGAUGAAUUUCAAGUCAAUUAUGAUUGGAGACAUUCUAGCAAUCGUAUUAUUCGUCCUGUUCAACCAUGGAAGUGUUGUCUCCCUUGUGCACUGGAAGAACCUCAUCUACCUAUGACCUAUUUUAGGCAGUUGUUAGACGAUAAAAUUGUGGAAAAUGCUGUAGAUCAAACCAACUUAUAUGCAAUACAGAAAGACAUUUCUAAACCAAUAAACACUGGUAAAAAUGAGACUGAACAAUUUUUUGGUUGUUGUAUGUACAUGUCCAUUUAUGGACUUCCAUCGUCUCGUAUGUAUUGGAAAACUACUACUCAGAUUCCAGCUGUUGCUGAUGUAACGAGCCGCAAUAGGUGGGAGCAGCUAAAACUAGGGCUCCAUUUCAAUGAUAACGAAACUAUAGAUCAAGCUGACACAUUGUACAAGAUCAGACCCUUUCUGGAGCCAUUGGUUGAAAAUUUUCGAAGAAUUCCCAUGAGUGAAAAAUUGUCAGUGGAUGAACAGAUGAUUCCUUUCAAGGAAAGACACACCUUUAAGAAUUAUGUCAAAAAUAAACCUAAAAAAUGGAGUUACAAAGCAUUUGUCUUGUGUGAUUCACAUGGAAUUGCACAUAAUUUAGAGAUAUAUUCAGGGAAAGUGAAACAUGACCCAUCCAUACCUGAUGUAGGUGUGAGUGGAAAUGAUGGUCUCAGAUUGGCUUAUGUAAUACCUAGACACAUGUUUCACAAACUGUAUUUUGAUAAUUGGUUCACAGGAGUUCGGUUAGAAGUUGAACUAGAAAAGAUGGGUAUUCAGUAUUUAGGAACUGUGAGACCUAAUCGGCUCAAAGGCUGUAUGUUCACUUCUGACAAAGUCAUGAAAAAGAAGAGUCGAGAGAGUUGUGAGGAACAUUUAUCUAAAAUUGAUGGCAUUACUUUGAGUGCAGUAAAAUGGUAUGAUAACAAGCCUGUUCAUUUGCUCAGUACUUUUGCUGGUGCUCAUCCAACAUCAACAGUGGAGAGAUGGGACCGUAUAAAGAAAGAAAAAAUAAAUGUUGAAUGCCCCAGUAUUGUUCAAUCAGUGGAUCUGUUGGACUCACUGAUAGCAUUGUAUCGCAUCAAGAUCUGGUCGAAGAAAUGGUAUUUGAGAAUUGUAUUUCACUUGCUUGAUCUGACUGUAGUCAAUGCUUGGAUACUAUACAGAAGAGAUUGUACAGAGUGUAACGUGAGAAAACUAGAUCAGCUCAGCCUAUUGGAGUUCAAAGUUACUGUUGCUGCUUGUCUUUGCAAACAGAAUAAGGAUGGACAGAAAAAAAGAGGAAGACCUAGUAGUUCGUCAAUGGAAACUGCAAUUCAGUUGAAGAAGAAAACUGGGUCAGCAGCACCACUGCCUGAAAAAGAAGUGAGGAAGGAUGGAAUUGGCCACUGGCCUCAAUUUUCAGAAAAAAGAGGUCGUUGA